AUGGGCGGUCGCGUGGAAGGGGAAGGGGAGGCGGAGCGGGAAGGGGAUGCGAAGGGAUGGGAGGGGGAAGUGAGGAUGCGGCCGCUCGCGGUUUGGCUUUGGCGGAAACGGGGGAGGGGAGGGGGAGCAUGGGGCGGAGCAGGAGGGCGGAGGAAGGGAGAAGGGGCAGGAGUAGGGGUGGGGAAGCGCGAGGGAGAGGGAAGCGGGAAGAGGGCGCGUCAGGGGCUCGAGCGGGGGCGCGGAGGGGGACGCGCGGAAGCCCGUUGGGGGGGACUCGGAGGAGAGCCGGCAGGGGAGGGGCGAGUGCGGGUGAAGGCAGCAUCGUGGGAGAGCAUAGGUGUGAGGUGGGGGAAGGAGAGGCAGACACCGAAGCAGAAGCGAGUGAGCCGUGGUGGUGCUGGCGAGACAGGCGCGGGGGAUAUGGGGCAAAAUGCGGUUGGGAGGGGAGAGGUGAGGGAGGGGCCAGAGGAGGGUCGGAGGGAGGGCAAGGGGGAGGAGAAAAGGGUGAUAGGAGAGGUGAAAGCGGAGUGCAGGGAAGAGGCGAGAGGUGGGUACGCCCACCGGGUGGUCACACUGGAACUGAAAACACUGAUGGCUGCGCUGCUGGCUCAACCCCCCCAUAUUUCUCCCACCUCCCCCUGCUGUCUUUCACUCUCUCCCCCAUCUGGCCCCUCCUCCCCGCUCUUUCCCCACCUCCCCCGCCCCAGGUACGCCCACCAGGUGGUCACCAGGUGA